AUGCCCACAACACUUAAUCCCAAAGAGGCGCUUCAACUUUUCAGUCUGAAAGCUUUUCAUAGUGAUACAGUGCAUAAAGAUGAUUUCAUUGAACUUUCUAAACAUGUUGUAAAUUAUGCUGGUGGACUCCCUUUAGCUCUUGAAGUUUUGGGCUCCUUUUUGUGCGGUAGAGAUGCGACUCAAUGGAGAAGUGCGAUUGAAAGACUUAAAAGAGAUUCUGAUAAAGAAAUUCUCAAUAAACUUCGAAUCAGUUUUGAUGGACUGGAAGAAAGGGAGAAGGAUAUAUUUUUAGAUAUAGCAUGCUUCUUCAAUGGGGAGAGGAAAGAUUUUACUCGCAAAAACUUCACCGAUCAUCUCUAUGCUGCUCUAAAGAGGAGUGGGAUAGUCACUUUCAGGGAUGAUCUAAAGCUGGAGGCCGGCGAAGAGAUCGCGCCAGAGCUCUUCAAAGCAAUUCAGCAAUCAUGGUGCUCGGUAAUCGUUUUUUCACAAACUUAUGCCUUUUCAAGUUGGUGCUUGGAGGAGCUUGCUGAGAUUGUUAAACAACAUAACAACGACGGCCAUAAAGUGUUUCCAAUUUUUUACGAUGUUGAUCCAUCUGAUUUAAGCAAACAAAAAGGGAAAGUGGAAGAAGCCUUUGCCAGACAUGAAGAGAGAUACAAAGAAGAAAGUGAGAAGAUCCAAAGGUGGCGAAAUGCUUUAAUUCAAGUGGCUGCAAUCAAGGGAUGGCAUUUAAAUAACCGGCAUGAAUCAGAAUUUAUUAGAGACAUUGUUAAGAAGAUAUCAGCAAAACCAUGUCAGACAUAUCCAGUUACUCAUAGCGACUUGGUUGGUAUUAGUGAACGCUUGGAGGAUUUGUAUUUGAAAAUAAACAUUGGGGAAGAUGAUGUCCGCGUUAUAGGAAUUUGCGGAAUGGGUGGCAUCGGUAAAACGACACUCGCAAGAGUUGCUUACACUCAAAUGUCACCUCAUUUUGAAGGUAAAAGCUUUAUUUCUGAUAUUCGAGAAGUUUCAGACAAAUGCGGACUAGUUUCUUUACAGAAACAACUUCUUUCACAGAUCUUUCAUGGUGAAUGCUUCAACUUUUUCGAUGUUCAUGAAGGGAGUGACAUAAUUAGCCAUAGGUUGUCUCACAAAAAGGUUCUUGUUGUUCUUGAUAAUGUUGAUAACAUACAACACUUAAAAUGCUUGGUAGGAAGGCACGAUUGGUUCGGAUUAGGAAGUAGAAUCGUUGUAACAACAAGAGAAGAACAUUUGCUUCGGUCUUGGCCAGUUGAUGAUAUGUAUGAGCCCAAAACAUUGAAUCCCAAAGAUGCACUUCAACUUUUCAGUCUGAAAGCUUUUCAUAGUGAUACAGUGCAGAAAGAUGAUUUCAUUGAGCUUUCUGAACAUGUUGUAAAUUAUGCUGGUGGACUCCCUUUAGCUCUUGAAGUUUUGGGCUCCUUUUUGUGCGGUAGAGAUGCGACUCAAUGGAGAAGUGCGAUUGAAAGACUUAAAAGAGAUUCUGAUAAAGAAAUUCUCAAUAAACUUCGAAUCAGUUUUGAUGGACUGGAAGAAAGGGAGAAGGAUAUAUUUUUAGAUAUAGCAUGCUUCUUCAAUGGGGAGAGGAAAGAUUUUGUAAUAAAAGUAUUAGAUGGUUGUGAGUUUUUUCCUGAUAUCGGAAUUGAUGUUCUCAUUAAAAAAUCUCUCGUAAAAGUCGAUAAAUACAACAGAUAUUUGAAGAUGCAUGAAUUGUUGCAAGAAAUGGGAAGAACAAUUGUUAAAGAAAAAUGUGUUGAUGAACCUGGAAAACGUUGCAGAUUGUGGGAGGAAAGGGACGUCCAUCAUGUCCUAACAAAAUACACUGCUACAGAAAUGAUUAAAGGCAUAAUAUCGAUAAUAAAAGAUUGGACAGGAUACCCUUUAAGAAACUUGCCUUCAAGCUUUCAACCGGAUAACCUUGUCGCACUUCUUUUACCAUAUAGUCACAUUCAACAACUAUGGAAGGGAAAUAGACCCUUGUUUAACUUGAAAAUAAUGAACCUCAGAGGGUCUCAAAACCUGAUCAAGACACCAGACUUCACAACAGCAUCAAAUCUUGAGGUUUUGAUUUUGGAAGGUUGUACCAAAUUAGUGGAUGUUCAUCCAUCAAUCGGGGUGCUUAGGAGCCUUAAACUUUUGAAUUUAAGAGAUUGCAAAAGUCUUAGGACUCUUCCAACCAAAACUGGAAUGGAAUCUCUUGAAACAUUAAUUCUUUCGGGUUGCUCAAAUCUUGUAAGGUUUCCGGAUGUUGAAGGGAAAAUGGAACGCCUAAAAACUCUAGAUCUUUCCGGUUGUUAUAGAGUGGAAAAUUUAUCGGAGAAUUUGCAGCAAGCAAAGUUUUUGGAAGAGCUCGACUUGAGUGAAACAGCCAUAACAGAACCACCAUCCUUCAUUUUUCAAUUUAAAAAUCUUAAAGUUCUGUCUUUCAAUGGGCGCAAGGGACCAUCAUAUAAGUUACUACCAAAUUUGCCUUCUCUUGUCAAGGUAAUCCAAGGAAGAAGGACGAAUCCCAUGGCUCGGAUGUUGCCUUUGUUGUCAGGUUUGAGUUCUUUAAGAGAGCUAAAACUAAGGGACUGCAAUCUUUGUGAAGGAGAUAUUCCACGUGAUAUUUCUGGUCUAUCCUGUUUGGAAAAACUUGAUCUUAGUGGUAACAAUUUCAUCAGCAUGCCUGCAUCUCUUACUCGACUCUUGAAGCUUGCAAAUCUUAUAUUGUCAAAUUGCAACAUGUGCACUUUUGGUGAAGCAGAUACUCAUAGUGAUAUUUCUGGUCUAUCCUCUUUGAGUUAUCUUAAUCUUAGUGGUAACAAUUUCAUCAGCAUACCUGCAUCUCUUACUGGACUCUCAAAGCUUCAUGUUCUUGACUUGUCAAAUUGCAACGUGUGCACUCUUGGUGAAGCAGAUAUUCAUAGUGAUCUUUCUGGUCUAUCCUCUUUAAUAAGUCUUGAUCUUAGUGGUAAUAAUUUCAUUACCAUUCCUUUGGCUCUUACUCAACUUUCCAGGCUCAGAUUGCUUACAAUGUCAGGUUGCAAGAUGCUUAAAUCGUUGCCUGAGCUACCAACAACUAUAGCAGUUGUGACUAUAGAUGGUUGUUCUUCACUUGAAGUAGUUGCAAGUCCAUCAAAAGUAUGCAAUUUAGCGGGUUGUGGUGACAUUCGUGCCAUUAACUGCUUCAAAUUGGCUGAGAAAAUCAAUGCAUUAACACUGCUGAAAGAACAUAUUAAGGGGGUUCGAUAUCCAAGAGAUUGGUUUGAUAGUUGCAUCUUUGAUAUUAUGAUGCCCGGAAGUGAAAUCCCAGAAUGGUUUAGCCAACAAAAAAGUGACAAAUCAAUUAAGAUACCCGUUCCGAAAGAUAGUCAAUGGAUUGGAGUUGCUUGUUGCUGCAUUUUUGUCAAUAAUGAUGCUUCAAGGCAUAUCGAGGCUAUCGGAUGUAAUGCAUCUAUUUUUCGAGGUAGAAAUUGUCGACCAAUUGAUCGGAGAAACCGGUGGGUAGGUCGAUACCUUGACAAGCCCAUAAUGAAAGAUCACCUUUUUCUUCGUUAUUUUCCGCGUGAUGAAUUAUAUCUUUCCUUGGCGGAUAAAUAUGGUGACUGUGAAACCAAUAAUUUAUGGACAACAGAUUGCUUAGAUCAAAUAGGCGAUGAGCUUAAGUUGUCUUUCAAUGCCGAAUUUGGACCAAAUUGCCGUUGUGUUAAGGUGAAGAAGUGUGGUGUUAGAAUAGUGUAUGAGAAAGAUUUGGAAGAGAUAAAAGAGUUGCAGUGCCAUACCACUCAAUCUUCUCCAAAUUUUGAACACAUCCACCGACACUCUGCUCAAAACCAUGGAUCAGUAGGUAGCACUUCUCACAUGAAACGAAAACGUAAUAUCUAUGAGGAAACGGAGGAAGAAGAGCCGCAACCAAAACGGAUGCAAAAUAUUUUCAAUUUUGUAAAGGGGCAAUCAAGAAAGAAGCAUUAACUGUGAUACUGAUUUCUCUUUGAGUUUGAGGUCUCCGGCUUUAUCAGAUUCCAACUCCAAUAUCUGGUCUUCAGUCAGCAGAAUCAAGAAAUGGUUAAAAGGUUAAUCCUAUUGUUUUCUUUUAGAAUGAUCGAGUGUAUGGAAAGAAUGACAUGAAUGGGAUUUUUGGUCUCUUUUGCUGUUGCCUAGGUAUGGAGUGUAUUGAUGUGAAGAGAAUAUGAUCUUGCAGUGCGUAGAAGGAUUGAAGCAUUUAUUUGAUUCAGUGUUGUAAUGAUGUGAUAAUGAUUUGUACAAGCAGUCAAGAGGUCUUGUCGAUCCUGAACUUCUUGCAAGAGAGACCGUUUGUAUGUUAUCAUUUUUUCUUUUCUUUUUAAAUAUUAUCCUAUAUUGCUUAUGUGAUAAAUUCAGUGCUUUUGCUUGAUUUAACUUUUGUUCAGUCUUUGCCUGUGUUAUUUUAGUUCUUGAGUCAUUCUACUGAAAUUUGUUUUUUGCUCAUCUUCAUGCAGUUAGUGUAAGUAAAAUAGAAGCACUUUAUGAGCUUUUCAAGAAGAUAAGCAAUGUUGUUAUAGAUGAUGGGCUGAUCAACAAGGUCUUUGUUUUUUCAUAGUUCCCAUUUUGUUCUAUAAUUGAUAUCUUUUGUUAUGUUUGUCAAGUUUUUUGGCUUGAUGAUCACUCCUCGUCUUGAGUUGGUUCUUUCCCAUUCAUCUUUGUAGUAUUUAAGUUUUAUUUAUAUUACUAUUUGACAGGAGGAGUUCCAAUUGGCGUUAUUCAAAACAAACAAAAAAGAGAGUUUAUCUAAUAUUAAUUAAUAAUGUCUCUAUCCUUGAAACAAUAAUUCUUGUUAUCAUAAUAUUGCUUGAGUUGCUGUCAAUAUAUUUCUGAUUUCACUGCAAAUAUUUGACUUGUUUGAUACAAAGCAUAAUGGAAUUCUAGGUUUCGAAGGGUUUGCUCGUGCUCUCUCUGUCUUCCAUCCAAAUGCGCCCAUUGACGAUAAGAAUGAUUGUAUACUUCGUCUCUAUGUUUACCUCUCUUGUUGUAAGCCAUAAUCAUGUUAACAUAGUAAUUGGAUGUAAAUGACUGGUAUGGAAAUGGAAUUAUGGACUUUUGUGCAUAGACGAUGUGUCUAAACUAUGUAUUCUUGUGUAUACAUAUUCUUGUGUAAUCUAUUUUCUUAGACUAGGGAAUUUCUUUUUGUAA